AUGGUACUCGCAGCUCGCCCGCUUGAUGAAUGGGCCAACACCCGCACCCAGACAUUUGAUCUAGCUGUGCUCAAGGGCUCUGCGAUAGGCAUCCAUGCCACACACUACCUCGACCUCCAUUUAAACCACUAUGUGACGAAAGAGCCGCUUCUAAUUGCCCUUGGAGGCUUUCCCUUUGCCCUCCAGGCCAACAUCACCCGCGAACUUCAGACGCUCAAAGCAGCGGACGUCACUCCCGUUUUUGUCUUUGAUGGUCUUGAUGCAGGCAAGCCAUAUCCGGACUUUUCGGCGCAAGCAGAGAAUACCAAGGCAUUGAACCAGGCCUGGGAGUAUUACGACCAACAACAGGCUGAUCAGGUUGUUGAUGCCUUUAGUGGUGCCGGGAGCGCACAUCCUGAAAGCCUUUAUAAAUUUCUACAGCGAAUUCUUCAAGGAGAAGGAAUUAACUUUAUAGUCGCACCUUAUGCGGCAUCGGCUCAGUUGGCCUAUCUCGAAAAGGACCCUCAUCGAUUUAUUGAUGCUGUGUUCGGCCCCGCAGAGCUCUUCCUUUUCGAUGUUGAAAAGAUUAUUACCAAAAUGGACACUGACCUGCGCCACUUUAACUGGGUGACAAAAUCUCUAUGUCAGGAAGAGCUAGGUCGUCUUUCAAACCAGCAGUUUGCCGACCUGUGUCUUCUCCUCGGAUCCCCUUUCCUUCCCACAUUUCCACCUUUUGAAACACCGGGCUACGGUGGCGGAAAGCGGGUUAAUAUCAGAGAUGCGGUUGGGAUGUUCAACUCUGCUGGAAGAAACGCGCUCGCACUUUGCGCUCAGUUUGAAGAGGAUCAGAGAGUCCACGAUCUUGAUUACAUGGAUCGCUUCAAGCGUGCUUUCAUGACUGUUAAGCAUCAUGUCAUUAUGGAUGUAGAUGGGAAAGUCGGCCCACUUGACCCAGAGAAUGCAUCUUCCGACCUACACGAGCUUAUUGGCCAACGCCUCCCCGAGGAGCUUUACUUUUACAUCUCAAAGGGCAUCUUAGGCUCGCGGAUUCCCAAUUGGCUCACCUCUGGCGAGCUUUUGCUUACCCUUCCUCUCGGCACUGAGGACACACCCGUCUAUCGCCGCCUUCUCACUGAAACCUCCCUCCAAUCAGAACACAAGCGCUUUGCCUUUUGUCCAACUCGCUCCACCGCUUUUAUCAGACAAAGGUCAUUAACGUCCGAGCCUGGUACGAUGAUAAAACAGAUAAAUCAAUCCAUCUCAAGGACCUUCCCUCAGUCAAAGACACAAUAUCCAGCUGGCGUUUGGGAAGCAAGCAGCUGCUAG